AUGAGAUCAAACAUGUGGGGCCUUUUUAUCCUGGUUGCUCUGUCUCUUUGGAGCGAGGGCCAAGCCUUCACGAAGAACCCCAUCCUGUCCCGGAUACGCCGGGCUCCGGAGGCCGACGGGGAAACCAAGAAGUGCUCCUACACCUUCCUGGUCCCCGAGCAGAAGAUCACGGGCCCCAUCUGCGCCGCCCGGGGCUACUCCACCGACAAGGACCGCGUCACCCGGCUGGACGUGGCCUCGGUGCGCGACCUCCUGUCCAAGCAGCGGCGGGAGAUGGAAACCCUGAAGCUGGUGGUGGACGUGGACGGCAACCUGGUGAACGAGAUGAAGCUGCUGCGGAAGGAGAGCAGGAACAUGAACUCCAGGGUGACCCAGCUUUACAUGCAGCUGCUGCACGAGAUCAUCAGGAAAAGGGACAACUCGCUGGAGCUGGCCCAGCUGGAGACGCGCAUCCUGAACGCCACCGCCGAGUCUCUGAGGCUGGCCUCCAGGUACAGGGAGCUGGAGGCCAAGUACGCGGCGCUGUCGGCCGUGGUCAACAACCAGUCGGUGCUGAUCGGAGCCCUGGAGGAGCGCUGCAUGCAGGUCUACAGCCGCGGCCACGAGCAGGCGCCCCUGGGACCUCCGCUCGUGCAGGUGGUUCCUGAGAACAUUCCAGUCAGCGUGCCCCGCUUCACCAAUGAGAUCCAGACAGACAACAGCCGAGGGUUUGCCAGGGAAAGGGGUUCCCGCUCGGGGCCCCCGCCCACAAGGGGCACCCUGGAAGUCCAGAAAUCCGAGAGAAACUUCAGCACGGAGGGCCCGUUCCGAGACUGUCUGCAGGCUCAGGACGCCGGCCACAUCACCAGCGGGAUGUACCUCAUCAGGCCAGAUGAAGCGGAGAGGCCUCUGCAGGUCUGGUGUGAACAGGAUAUAGACAACGGGGGCUGGACUGUGAUCCAGCGCAGAAAAGACGGAUCGGUUAACUUCUUCAGGAACUGGGAAAACUACAAGAGCGGCUUCGGCAACAUAGAUGGGGAAUACUGGCUCGGCCUGGAGGGCAUCUACAACUUAGGGAGGCCGGGUGACUACAAGCUGCUGGUGGAGCUGCAGGACUGGAUGGACAAGAAGGUGUACGCUCAGUACAGCAGCUUCCACCUGGAGCCGGAGAGCGAGGGCUACCGCUUGCGGCUGGGAACGUACCAGGGCAACGCCGGGGAUUCCCUCAGCAGCCACAACGGCAAACAGUUCACCACUCUGGACAGAGACAAAGACGCCUUCUCAGGUAACUGCGCCCAUUUCCACAAAGGAGGCUGGUGGUACAACGCCUGCGGUCAGGUCAAUCUCAACGGUGUCUGGUACACCGGAGGAGUCUACCGCAGCAAAUUCCAAGACGGUAUGUUCUGGGCCGACUACGGCGGAGGCUUCUACUCCAUGAAGGCCGUCCGCAUGAUGAUCAGGCCCAUAGACUGAGACAACGGCGUCCUACAGACUGGUCGGGGA